CGUAUAAAACAACAUAAUGUCAAUGAACUCCACAAGCUGACAAGAAAAGCAGGUUUUUUCCCGGAAAUUUCAACGGAUAAAGAAGUGACAGAAAUCAUGUCUUGGCAAUGUUUCGACAAAAGUGGCCGAGAGAUAAAAAAAAAUAUGCAUGAAUUCCCACGGAAUAGCUCAUGACUUGACAACACAUAAAGGCUGACUCGGAAAUCCCUGCCAAUGGCAACAGCUACCAUGGCAACCACCUCAUCCUCCUCGGCUAUUCCUCCAUCAGACCCGGCUGUUGCCAAGGCCCAUUUCCGUGUAGCCCAGUACAUGAUGGAAGCCGGGGUGAAACUUCAACUUCAGUCUGUCACGGUGGCCUCGGCGUGCACCAUCUACUAUCGAUUCUUCUCAGUCUGCGACGUGCAGAACUACGAUGCUCAUCUUGUGGGCGCGGCCGCUAUCUACCUAGCGACUAAAGUGGAAGAACAGCAUGUGAAGCUGAGGGACAUUAUUAAUGUAUGCUACAGAAUUCUCCACAGAAAGGAGCCACCGCUUGAAGUGGGCAAGAAGUACUGGGAGCUGCGAGAAAGCGUAGUCAACUGUGAACUGCUGCUGAUUCGCAUGCUCAAGUUCAACGCAAAGGUCACCCUGCCGCACAAGUACAUGGUGCACUACCUGAAGUCACUGCGGGAUUGGAUGGAUCAGGAGGUGUGGAACCAGACGCCGAUCUGUCGCACGGCUUGGGCUAUGCUGAGAGACAGUUAUCAUGGCAGCAUAUGCAUCCGUGUCAAGCCGCAGCACCUAGCCGUAGCCUCUAUCUACUUUGCCCUGCAGUGCUACGGCGUGACAAUGCCACAUCGCGAGGACCAGGCCAAGCGGAAAUGGUGGCAGGUUUUCAGCGAGGAUCUGACAGAGGAAAAAGUCCAGGGCAUUGUCUCGGAACUCAUUGACAUGUACGACAUGGAAACGAAGGUCUAGCAAAUAGACGCAACUUGAGGCUUUGCACAGUGAUGAUUGUAAAUUUGGGAGGAUUUUGCGAAUACACCAUCUGAAGUGAUGAACACUAACAGAGAGCUGGUGUCAGAGACUAACCAGAGUGUUAACCUGAUGUUUUGUCAGUAAGCUAUGAUUGUCACCGCGAGAAGGGUCUAGCAGUUAGCUUGUUUCAAUUCCCAACAAUGCUGAAAAAUCGGAGGAAAGCUUACAUUUCAUUUCUGUUCCUCCUUCUUUAAUGCAAUGCGAAGCCAGAGGAUGCUGUGUACAUGUAUGUAUGCAUAUGUGUAUUCUGAGCACUUCGCUAGUGUUGAAAGAGUUUUAGGUCUCUUGAGCUUCACUCCAAGUUAACCACCAAUCUCUACGGACUUCAUGCACGUAGACGGUGCUUUGGGAUCACUCUCGAAAUCUGCAUUUGGAGGGAAACACAAGUGCAUACUGGUUCAUGUGCGUACUACGCGUCUUGUGCAAUUUCUUCAGAAUGUGUAUAUUACACAUAUUGUUCACGUGAAAUUUACAGAUUUGUAAAUAAAGAAAUGAAUAAACUUUCUGGACAUUUGUGCUUUGGAAUUAUUUGGAAACUUUAUUACAUUUACAUCAUUUUUAUCACAUAAAAUAGUUAUACAUGUUAUAUUGCACAUUUGUGUAAGGCCAAAAAA